UUCAAAGAUGGCGGACAUUUUGUGAUUGACUUGAUGUUACAGUGUUUUUACUCACAGCUUUACCUUUAAUCGUCGAUAUGGACUCACGAGAUCAACUUUGAAUUAUCUCAGGAUAUUAAUCCUUGGAUGAAAUGGAAACAGAACAAGAGAACGGCCCACCUGAAGAAAGACAACAAUGGAAGCUUGAAAAAGACUCAGAACUGCGAAUUGAAAUCCCUGAGGGAAAAGGAAAAGCAGAAGUUGUGUUGCUACAAGGUCAAGGUGAGGUGUUUGGAACUGAGCUGGUGAGGAACAAGAAGUUCACUUUCAAAGCUGGAUCAAAUGUUGCUAUUUUUACUUGGCACGGUUGCACUGUAGAAAUCUCUGGCCCUGUUGAUGCAUAUAUCUCAAAAGAAACACCAAUGGUCAUGUACUUGAAUCUUCACAUGGGACUGGAGCAGAUGAGACGGAAAGCUGAAGCUGUUGCGGAACCAGAGACUGGUCCAAGGGUGAUGGUGACUGGCCCUGUUGAUGUUGGAAAGUCAACACUUUGUAAGCUUCUGUUGAAUUACGCUGUAAGAUCGGGGAGAAGACCGGUAUUUGUUGAUCUGGAUGUUGGUCAGGGAUAUAUUGGGGUCCCUGGAUCUAUGGGUGCUCUUUUAAUUGAGAGACCUGCUGAUAUUGAAGAAGGAUUUCCACUUCAAGCACCACUAGUUUAUCAUUAUGGUCACACAUCACCAGGUCCCAAUGAGAAGCUUUACAACAAGCUAUCCAGCAAAAUGGCUGAAGUCACAAAAGAGAGGUUUGACAAGAAUAAGAAGGCUCGAGUCAGUGGAUGUAUUAUCAACACCUGUGGCUGGGUGACAGGAACUGGUUAUAGAAUUGUGGUGCAUGCUGCUGAAGCAUUUGAAGUGAAUGUUAUUGUUGUUCUUGACCAAGAGAGACUGUACAAUGAUCUAAAGAAACAGUUUGGCAGCAAGGUUCAGAUUGUGCAUCUUCCAAAAUCUGGUGGGGUGGUGGUAAGAAGUCAAGAGACUAGAAGAGAAGGAAGGGAUAACAGAGUUAGAGACUACUUUUAUGGAAUGAACUCCAGUUUUUAUCCGCACAUUUUUGAGGUCAAAUUUGCUGACAUAAAGAUUUUUAAGAUUGGGGCUCCUGCUGUUCCUGAUUCAUGUCUGCCACUUGGAAUGGCUCCAGACCAGAAUGAAACCAAACUGGUCCCAGUACAACCAGGGCGUGAUUUAAAGCACUGUGUUUUGGCAUUGAGUGCUGCUGAGUCAUUAGAAGAAGGUUUAGUUACAACAAACACAAUAGGCUUUGUUGUUGUUAAUGACGUUGAUUUGGAACGUCAGAUGAUGGUGGAGCUGUCUCCAGCUCCAAGGCCUCUACCAAGAAAGUUCUUUCUGCUCAGUGAUGUCAAGUUUAUGGACUUCAAAUAAUUUCAAGAAGCACAUGUUAUUAUAUAUUUUUUUAUAAUUGUCAGUGACAUGAGACUUGUUCCUUCCAUGUCCUAUUCCAGUCUGGACUUCAGUUAUUUAAUUUGUUCAUGCAAAAGCAUAAGGCAUGCCUGUACUUUGAACUCUCUGGCUUGUCUGUGGAUUUGGACUACCCAUACCAGUUUUGUUUUAGAUCUUUCUUUCAGUUUGGAGCACAUUAACACCCAAGAUCUUCAUGUAUUGAGUACUGGCAUUUUCUCCAUAUAUGACAACCAGUAAAGGACGCUUAGCUUAUUUAAUAUAUGCAUUGACAAAAAUGAACAAUGGAAUCGAGAGUUUGUGCCAUUCACACAUAAUUAUGUGUACAUAUGUAUCAAAGAGGAAAAAAUCUUUCUUUCUUAUUACAGAGAUCAAAAUUUAUCAUCUUUCUUAAUCUACCGACUCACAUGACUUGUUCAUUAAAGAUUGCUGAUCGUUACUGCAUGCUAAACACGAGUCACAUACAAACAAAGACAUAGCUAAGCUUCACCAUAGAGUGUUCUGUAGCUCACUGCUAGAGCAUUGAAGUGUGAAAUCUAAAGUCUGAGCCUCAAUUCCUGUUGGGAACUCAGUAUUUUUUUUUGUCCCAUGCAUGCGACAAGAUGAUCUUUCUGUAAAAACACUUAGCUUUAAAUAUCUACACCUUUUACUGUAUUUUCUUUACCAACCCAAGAACUUUACAAUUUUCUUUUAGUAAAUUUACCUUUUAUUAUGUAUAUUAUCUUGAUACAUUUGAAUGUAAUCUACAAAUGGCAAACAUUAAACCAUCAUGGUACUUUUUAAUGAUA